GAGGGCGAAGCGAGUCGGGCAAGUAGUGCAGGCGAGCGGGUGGUCGGACUUUUUCGUGGCUGGAAGCGAGGCGAGGCGAGGAAGCGAGCGAGCAAGCGAGCGGGCGAACAGGCGAGCAGGCGAGCAGGCCGCGGUCGGAGGCGGGUACGCGGUCGUGAUCUUCCCCUCCCCUCCUUGGUCGUCCCGGCGGGCAGGGACGGCGCAAGCGCGAGAUUGUCCCCCACCCCCGGUCGGCGGCGAUAAAGAGAGACGGAAGGAACGGGUUGAAGCGGGAGGUGGAUACCGGUGGUGGGAUAGAGAGAGGGAAGCGGAACGGCGAGGACGAGAGAGACGGGUUGCACGCCCCGCUACCGCCGCCGAGACUGCCGCCGCCGCCGCCACCACCGCCGCCGCCGCCGCCGUUCUUCCCCGCCGUUUAUACCUCCCCCCCUUCCCCGCGGCACCCCUUCCCCCCGCCCCGCGCCCCGAGAGCGCAGUGUCACGUCGAACCUCUCGCAGAGCGCGUCGCACGUCCGAGUACCGGCCGCCGCCCGUCAUCAGUAGUCGCCGUACCGCGCAGCCACGUAACCUCUCACCUUCUCCUUAGUUUUUAGUAGUCAGUAGUAGGGGAGAGUGUGGAGAGAAAGAGGAGAGAGAGAGAGAGAGAGAGCGAGAGAGAGGGAGAGAAAGAAAGAGAGAGAGAGAGAGAGAGAGAGCGAGAGAAAGGGAGAGAAAGUGAAAGAAGAAAAGAAAAAAAACGGAAAAGAAGAGAACGAGAAACAACGGGGAGCCGAUACUGUGAGAAAAAGGGAGAAAACGAGAGGUCGACAGCCCGUUUUUUCGUCGUCGUGAUCUCUACUCCUCGUCGCCGUCGUUGUCGUCGUCGUUUUCGACGUCGUCUCCGCCGUCGUCGUAACCGUCGUCGUCUACGUGCUACGUCUACGCCGUCUACGUCGUCGUCGUUGUCGUCGUCGUCGUCGUCGUCGUCGUCGUCGUCGUCGUCGUCGUCAUCGUCGUCGUCGUCAUCCUCCUCGUUGUCACCGUGUCCGCUGCCGCCGCCGUCGUAGUCGUGAUCCGGCUCGACGCGACCAACGCGGAUCAUACACAGUUCGUCGAAAUCGUAGUUCGAAUCGAAAGGAAAACAAAAAUACGGGGAACGAAAGGAAGGAGGACAAGAGAGGAAAACAUAGUGUGUGCGAGCAGUGAAACGUACCGCGCGUACGUUUCGUUCCACGUUCCCACCGUCCCUGUGUAGUCGUAUAACUUAUCGCGCGACAAGCAGACGCGCAAAAUCCCGAGGCGCACCUUCCGAAAACGACGGGAGCACCGCGCACAUCGGGCUACCAGGGAAACAGAGAGAGAUAGGUGAACAACAGGGAGGAGGAGGAGGAGGAGGAGGAGGAGGAGGAGAAGGAAGGAGCGCGAAGGUUAAAGAGGCGCGGAGUAAACGUAACAAACGGAAGGUCUGGGAGAGGAUCAACGAGAGGUAGAAGCCGCGCGUGGUGAUAAGUCGCGUGAAAGUGCGUGUCGUGUCGUGCCGUGACAUCGGAAGCCGUUGACACGCGAAGGAUCGAGUCGAGUCGAGGUGUUUUCCCAUUCGACGGGGCGAACGCAGGGAGAAGAUCGUUCAGGUGACGACGUGGUGACCAAAGGCGGAACAGCGAGAGAAGCGAGGCGGCUAUCGGCCAGAUCGGCUGCCAUUGCCACUGGUACUAGUGUUACCAUAGCCACUGCAACCCCGGACACGCGAGAGCGUUGUCAUAACGACAAGCCGUGCGCCGCGCGUCGCUAUGGAGGCCCAGAACCAGGAAAUCGUUGCGAGCGGUUCGCCAGCCGAGGUGCCGAACGAUCCAGGGAAAAUGUUCAUCGGUGGUCUAUCAUGGCAGACCAGUCCAGAGAGCCUAAGGGAGUACUUCACCAAGUAUGGGGAUAUCACAGAAGUCAUGGUCAUGAAAGAUCCUACCACGCGACGAUCAAGGGGCUUCGGAUUCAUCACGUUCGCAGAUCCCGCGAGUGUAGACAAAGUGCUGGCGCAGGGUAAUCACGAGUUGGACGGCAAGAAAAUCGACCCGAAGGUGGCGUUUCCCAGGAGAACACAUCCAAAGAUGGUGACAAGGACAAAGAAGAUAUUCGUCGGUGGAUUAUCGGCACCGACGACGCUGGAGGACGUGAAAAACUACUUCGAGCAGUUCGGCCCGAUCGAGGACGCCAUGCUGAUGUUCGACAAACAGACCAACAGGCACAGAGGUUUUGGCUUCGUCACGUUUCAAAGUGAGGAUGUGGUCGACAAAGUCUGCGAGAUUCAUUUCCACGAAAUCAACAACAAAAUGGUCGAAUGCAAGAAAGCACAGCCGAAGGAAGUGAUGCUCCCGGCGAACCUGGCGAAGACGCGAGCGGCCAACAGAGGCGCAUACGAUUUUAUGUGGUCCCUGGGAGCAUUACCUGAUGGUUUCCCAGCGGCGGCGUACGCGGCAUACGCGGCAAGCCGCGGCUAUUCUGGGUACCCUAGUUUCGGACUGCCCUACCCGACAGGAGUGCCGGCAGUGUACUACCACGGAACCGGAAGCGAGAACGCAAGCCGCGCGUAUACGGAGACACCGAUGCAACACGUCCAACGGACUGCGCUCCGGAAGAAAUUGGAUCUUACCAACGGACAGCUCACCCCCAACAACAACACGCCCUUGCUCACGCAAGCUCUUUCUGUGAUGAACAACUACCAGGCGGCCGCAGCGCAGGCCGGAUUUCCGCCGGCGUCGCCGCACGCGGCCGGUGGACAUGGUGGGCCACAGGGCCGGUCAUUUCCUGCGGCCAACUCGCCGGGCCCCAUCGACAUGUAUAGUUCAAGCGCCGCAGCCGCAGCAGCAGCCGCAGCCGCGGACUCAGCAGUCGCCAGCUACGUCCAGGCCGCAGCUAGUCCGCAGCCCCCUACGACCGCGUUCCCUGCGAUCGCCGUGUCUCGUGCCCCGCUCAACUACAGUCCCGGUCCUCUAAUACCAGCGGCGUUCACUAAUGGCUACCAUUGAGCCUUGUUAAGACCUAAUAACAGGAUGGACGAGAGGGCAGAGCGCAGCACGGUCGACUGACGGUACAAUGAGCGGUGUAAAUGCCUUGGAAAAAUUCACCAUGAUGAAUGAUCUCUGGACGGAAGAGGACGCGUACCAUCACGAGCAAUAAAACGAAGAAUCGCGAUUUAGGUAGAAGAAUAACGGUUUCCAACAAAAGGAGGCUUUCCGAUUUUGUAAACAUGAUCGAUCGAUUGCAACGAUCGAACGAAAAUAAUCGUGAUUUCCCAGCGGAGAAGAAAGAGAAUCAAAAUUGAAGAUAUUAGAAAAAAAAAAUCAAGUAAACUAAGAAAUGUAAAAAAAAAAAAAUAAAAAAAAAAUAAAAAAUAAAUUAAAAAUCAUUGAAAAGAUAAAAAUAUGAAAAAAAAUAUAUAUAUAUAUAGAAUUUAUAAAUCGCGAUACACGUCCAGAAAAUUUGCGAGAAAAGCAACAUGGUAGAGGGAGCGGAUUAAUAUAAGGAAAACGUAAAGGGCAGAAACUGCGUAAUGGUAGAUGUGGCCGAAACUGCGUAAUAAUGCCCGUUCUCCGACAUUAAUAAAGAAUAAUAUAUUAAUAAUAAUGAAUUAAAUUAAUAUUAUUAAUUGCUAAAUAAUUAAGCGACUAAGUCUAGAAUAUAUAAAUAUUAUAUAUAUAAAUAUAUGAAUAUAUAUAUAAAUAUAUAUAUAUAUAUAAAUAAUUGAUAAAUAUUAGACGAUAACGUAUGGAUCCUUAGUAUUUAAGGCAGACGAUAAAGUCGCGGAAGAAUACCAACUUACAUACGAAAAUAUUAUUAUAAUUACUGGUUAUUAUUGUAUAACACUAUGGCGAUUCUAAUUGAUUAUAACAAAAUGGAGAAAGAAGGAUGGAAAGCUGUGCGUCGUGUAAGCUCGCGCGCGUAGCCGUGCGCGUUAUACAUAUAUAUAAAUAUAUAAAUAUAAAUAUAAAUACAAAAAUACAAAUAUAAAUAUAAAUAUAAAUACAAAUAUAAAUAUAAAUAUAAAUAAUAAAAAAAUAUAAUUAUUAUAUACAUAUACGCGUAACUCCGUUCGCACCCGGGAAGAGAACCCGUCGUCUCUCUGUUGGGCUUUCGAAUUUUUUUUAGACAAAUAGCGGCGGAGUGAAGAGAGAAAGAGAGAGAAAGAGAGAGAGAGAGAGAAGCAAAAUAAAUAAAUAAAAAUAAAAUAAAAUAAAAAAGAUGUACAAGAAAUUUUUCGAGUAGCGUGAGUCGACGACAAGGAGGAGCACACUACCCGACACGAAUGUUUGAAGGGUAGUGUCGGGCCGGAAGGGAGAUUUGGGAGACGAGACGACGAGGGCGCUAGGCAGGCCAAGAGUGGGCUUCGCCCUUUUCCUUUGUUUCUUGCGCGCGCGUGUCCGCCACUUCUCAGCGUGCUCUUUGCCGACUGAAUGCCGGAAUGGCACUUCUCUCUCGCGUCCCGUCGUUGAAGCACUUUUUCCCUUUUCCCGGGUGUGCAACGAGGGAGAAAAGAGGACGAAUAAAGCACGGAAAGAGCAAGGAGAGGGAGGUUGCGUACAUAGACGUAGGCACGCGUGUUACACGGAUGACGUGACGCUGUUUGCAUUGCUUAUCGUGCGAGGGAUGAAAGGAAAAAAAAAAAAAGAAAAAAGAAGAGAAAGGGAAGAGAAAACGCGGGGGCCCUCGAGCCAAGAUCGACGGAUUGGAACUCGCGAGGCUCUAUGUAAGUUAUAGGAGCGAACAGAGAGAGAGAGAGAGAGAGAGAGAGAGAGAGAGAGAGAGAGAGAGAGAGAGAGGAAGGAAGAGAGAGAAUGAAACAAUAGGGAGAAAGACGAAAAAUGGAAAUGAAUACUGCUUUUAAGAUGCGUAUCGAUGAGGGGAGAAGAGACGGUCAUCGUGAAGAAUACUAUUCUACUAGAGAAGAAAGAAGUGAGAGAGUACAUUAAACAUACAUACAGGGUCGCGAGAUCUAUGUAAAAGGACGCUAGGCCUCCGAACGUUGCAUCGUUCAAAAUCUGUAUCCUAUCUAGUGGCGAAAACCGAUGACCGGUGAAUUUCACAGGCUAUUGUGUAGCUGUCCAAUCGAUUAGUUACAUUAACCUCGGCCCAUACAUACAUAUUACACGCGCGCGAAUUAUUGUACCAUUGAUUUACCAUAAUGGCAGCUAUGCAUGACCCUAUGGAUGAAAGCCAGCUAUGGAAACACGAGCAAUGUUCGACGGCACGCAUUUCACACAAGCUCACUGUGAACAUACAUAAUAAACCAUCCAUACACUCCCAUGUUCAAUCUGUACACGCAUUAUACACACACACACACACACGACCCGAAACACAAUAUUAAUAUACGCUUUCAUACGCGUCCGCGGCUUUUUAAACAAAUUAUAAAAACACACGCCUAUAUAAAAAAAAUAUAUAUUAAUACAAAUACACACAGCUACGCAACAACAGGAAGAACCACAUACGCAACCAUCAAGUUACGCGAGGCAAGAUGCUGUUAAGAGGAGAACAAAUAUAUAUUAUACAAACAUACGCGUGUAUUCAGUCAUUAUACCGUGCGUCCGUAUAUGUACAGAGCGUUAGUUAACGGCGAGAUAUCGUGAGAUAUCGUCAAAAUGCGCCAGUGCGUGAGUAAAAGCGGAAAUUAAGAGUAACGCGUGCGAUAACGAUGAUAAUUUCGAGACGAAGCGAGAUUGUGCGUCUUCUAUAUACCCCUGUGUGCGAGAAAGAGUGAGAGAGAACGUGGUGAUACGUGUGUGCGAGCGAGAGAAAGAGAGAGUCAUUAAAUCUUUAAGAUCGAGGAACAUGGUCAUCUGAAAAUGCCAUUUGCGAAUUAAAACGAAGAAGAAGAAGAAGAAGAAGAAGAGGGGGGAAAAAACGAAAAGGAGAAAAUUAUAAAAUUUAUGCGAGCUAACGUAGCGUUGAACGUGAGAGAACAAUAAUCGCGUAUGGUAGCCUUAAUCAGGGAAUAACUUUGACAUCAAAAGAUUCUUGCGUUUUUUCGCGCUUAAAAAAAACAUUUUGCUGAUCAAAUGGACAAAGGGCGCGAACGGGGAUACUCCAUUCGAUUAUUCGUAAUUGGUCUAGGUUAAAAUAUUAUGUAAUAUCAUACGGGAAACAGGGAGGUAUAAUUUUAUUCCUUUCGUUUUUCGGCGCACGUGUAUAUUUUGUAAAACCUAACUUAAAUCUUCGAGAAAGGGUUCAGAGGGCUUGAAGGGCAUCGCGACGCUCGGAUCUUCCUGCUUCUGAAGGGGAGAGAUUGAAAAAAAGGAAAGAAAAAACAAAAAAAAUAAACCGUCGACGUGCAUAAACUCAUUCCGCGGAUUAUAUAAUUCGAGUUUUUUGUUGAUAUAUUGCUGAUAAAAACUGUUUUCGUACGAUACUAUUAUUGCUAUUAUUAAAUUCGCCAAGCGAGAGUCAACGAGCGAUUAUUAUAAUUAUAAUUAUUACGAAACGACGGAUAUAUGUGCGACAAUUCUAGGUACGGUUAUUAUUGUAUUCAACAACAGGGUAAAAACAAAAAGAAAAAAAAAGAGAAAAGAAGAAAGAAUUGAAAAAUAAGAAUGAUUUUAAAUUGUGGGACGCGUGUCACGUCGAACGGCGGCCAUUUUGUUUUCCUGUGCGCGGGUGUGCGCGCGCACGAUGAGAAAAAAAUUCAAACAAAGGAAAGAAAAAAAAAGAAAAGAAGAAGAAGAAGAACGAAUAAACAAACGAGUCAAUUCUUACGAACGUUAGCAAUACUUCGUCAUGACCAUAAAGGAUAAAAAUGGCAAAUAAUGAACGAAAAAAAAGAGAAACUAAUAAUAAUAAUAAUAAUAAUAGUAAUAUACACGAGUAAACUAUAUCGCGGAUAAACUUAUAUUCAUUCUUAAGUUGGUGACGCGUACACGCGUGACGAGUGAUCCUCGCUCGUUCUCAGAGAAGAAAGAAAAAAGAAAGUGAUGAGGGACGAAAUUGUAGAAAGAAACGUACGAACUGAAAGGAACUGAAACUAAUUGCAGUAUCUUCAACGCUGAAAAUGCUGAUUUCUUGCAAACGAAACAAAAUGGUAGCUGCUUCGUUACGCCCCAAGAUUAACAUUAAACGCGUGUAAAACAAAUAAAGUUAUACCGGAUCAAAUCGAUUGAGGUAUCCAUGCAAAUAAUUGUUUAAUUAGAAAAAUUAAAGUAAAAGGUGCAAUAUAAAAAAUACAGACGUACACGUUUCAAAAAUAAUUGGUAUUUUGUUGGAUAGAUUGUACAUUACAUAGACAGGGCGAUGCUGCUUUCAAACGAGUGCAAGAAACAAGCGUUUCAUCGACGACGUACUAUUCCCAUUUUUUAUUUUUCAAACUUAGCAAGCUUUGCUUUUUAAAAUUGUAGGAGAUUAAGCGAGUUUUAUGAAUGAAACGCGACAUAAUCGGAUGGAAAACACGAGAACAAAUGUGCACUCAAUGGCAAUUAUUUAACAAAUAUUUUCUAUAUUUUCUUUAUUCUUUCGAUACAUUGAUGAUAGACAAAUAAACGAGCGUUAAAUACACGCAUCGGGCGCUUCAUACAUUGCUAAGUAUCGUCAGUUGUUAGUUAGACGGAGAAUUGGACGUCGAGCGGAGAAAAAGCGUGACAAGAUAGAGAGAAAAAGAAAAAGAAAUAAAAUACAUGAGAACAUAAGCAUCAGCUCAAAGAACGUAAAAUAUAAUGAGAUUCGUAUAUAGAUUUUAGGGACGGCGACGCGCAAGAUCACAGAAAGAUGGGCAAAAAUGAGGAAACGUAGAGAGCAUCCAGCAGAAGACAGUCAUAAUUAAAUGUACAAGUUGUAACUUUUCGCAAUUAGGAUGAAAGGCGUGUCGAAAGGAUUUUAGGUUCCUGGGAAUGAUCAUUUAUUGCGCCUUUUAUAAUUAAUACUAAUUCGUUCGUUUAAGGAUAUACAAUUUUAUUACGGUAUAUAUCAUGGAGAAAUGUGAUAAUUGUUAUUAUCUUUGAUUGUUAUAAGUAUUUUAGAAUUUUUAAAUUAAUUUUAAACAUAAUUUUAGUCUUUACUUAUUUUUAUACGUUUUGAAAUUCUUCUUUUCGAGUGAAUCAAUCGAUACAUUGGCAGGAACCUGAGCAACUUUCAACAAGAAUCCUCUAAAAAGAGAAUUAUAUAUAAAUAUAUAAAUAUAUACAUAUUCGAAAGAGAAGUCUACGAUCAAUUAUUAAUUAGAGCAAAGAAAACAAACAAAAAUGCGAUCGAUAUACAAGCAAAUUAAUAUGCGAAAGAGAAUAAAGAGAAAACAUAAAAGAGAAGAUAAGGAUGUCGCGAGACGUAAAAUAGAGAAGACAAGCGUAGGGGAUGAAAAUAAAAGCGAAACAAGAGCAAACAAAAUAUAUGUGAAGUACAGUCUCUACGCGUUUAUAUUUAUAAAUAUGAAAUACAUUAAUAUUGAAAUAUUACGUCUAUAUCUACAUUUAGUAUAUAUAUAAAUAUAUAUAUAAAUAUAAAUAUAAAUAUAUAUAUAAAUAUAUAAAUAUACAUAUAUUGAACGAUUAAGAAAGGCAAGAAAUAUAUUAUGACUAUAUAUAUAUGAUAACUGAUUAAGGCGACAAACAGACAAAAUAAAAAAUAUGAGGAUUAUGGAAGAUGAACAGAUAUAUUGAGACAUUGUUUUAUGCAUUUGUAUAUAUAUAUAGUUAUUGAUGUUUUAAAAGCUAAUAUACAUUAUUGUACUGAACAAUUUUUCGAUUAUCAUCACCGAUGAUCGUGGGAGGAGAGCCGAGCGGGGGUGCAAAAGGGGUGGGUGAGGGUAGGGCAGGGGUUGGGAGUUAGAUGCAAAGAAAGACGCGAAAAAAAAGAAUAGGAAGAUAAGAAAAAGGGAAAAGAAAUACGAGGGAGGCGAGCUCGUUGUACGAUGCAGUCCAGUCUUUUCUUGUUUUGCAAUACUUAUUCGUUUUUUUUUUUUUUUGCGAGACGGAGAUUUUUUCUGUCGAAUUUUUCCAUGGAAAAAAAGGUUGAAAGGAAAGAGUAGGACAUGAUGGCGAUGUAAAAGAUCAAAACAUCAUAAUGCUCAUCGACCGGGCUCGAUCACUCGUCGCGCAAUUAACACGCUCACACGUACUACAUUCUACACUUCUACAUUGUACACGUAUGAUAGACACACAUACAAACACCAACACGUAUAUAUAUAAAUAUAUAAAUAUAAAUAUACACGCGUAUAAAUAAUAAGUAAUAAUUAACGAUAAUCGAAAAAAAUAUAAAUAUAAAUAUAAAUAAUAUACACAGCGUGAGAAGAGAAUAGGAGAAUGGAAAAAUGUAUUGUAAAGAGAGUGCGAGGAAGAUGUUAAUCAAGUGAAUAAUCGAUUAUUGUCAUUCCGUGAUUGAAUAGUGAACUUGGAAAUCAGAAGCACACGACUGACAAAUAUCUUCGUUGCGAUAGGUAUGCGCAAACACACGUAUACAAUGAUAUAUUGAAAAUGGGUGCAAUGAAUUAUAAAAUAGAAAAAUCACUUUAUAAUAUUUAAGUCUUAUCGGCACUCGAGUGCAAGUAGAGGUUAUAAGUGAUGUUUCCAUUGUACAUGUUAUAUAUCGUUAAUAACUAUCAUUAUUAUGAAAAUUAUUGUUUUUCUACAGAAUGUGUAAAAAAGCAUAUAAAGGGAUAUCUUAUUUUAUCAUUUUAUUUCCACACGAGAUGCAAGACAAUUUUCGUUAAUUAUCUCGUUUCCGUGUUUAUAUUUUUUUAAAUAUCGUUUUUUCAACUUCGACCACCUCGCGUUAAACAAAAGUUAAAGUAAUCGCGAAAUUAGAUCAUACGAUAUUUCGUAGAGAAUAACAGCAAUAUCGAGUAAUAAUUUAACGAAGACGCCAUUGCGAGCAAAUUCGACAUAAUCAAGCGUAUUUAAGCCGUUUUGCAAUUAAUGGACCAUGUUGUACGAGAAUGAUUAUACAACUAUUAGGAAAUAUAGUACGCGGGCUUGAACGCAACAUGGUUCACUAAUGUUCACGUAGAAAGUUCAGUCUGUUUGCGCUUUACCCAACAGCAAUAGUUGUUCGCGCAUAAAUGAUCGUUCAUCAUUUUGAGAUAAUGUUUCUCGUUCAGUCUGUAUUUAGUGAUAAAACAUAUUAACUGUUCCGUAUUUGGAAGCGGACGAAUAGAGUGGCCCAAAACGAUUCAAAUUUUAGAUUUUAACGAACGUUCUUUUUAAUUGUAUCACUUUCUAAUCCGUACAAUUGUUCUAUACACGAUACGCAAACACACACACAUAUACACAGGUACAUCCAUAUAGAUAUCUUCAAUUACACACAAAUUUUUCUGCGAUACAACGAGAACAAUACGAUCUUCGAUACAAAUUUACACAGGGAGAUACACUUAUUAUACACUUUGAAUAAUCUCGUCCAAUUGUAAACUAUACCACACGCAAAUAAAAUUACACCGGUAAUUACAACACAAGUUACAUCAAGCAUAAAAACAAAAGUGAAACGAUUAAGAGAUAUAUAAUAUAAAAACCAAAAAAAAACAUUAAAAAAAAAAAAAAGAAAAAGUUUUACUUCGUCUCACGGAUUCGUCGAUAUCGAUCCUUCGAUCACUUUCUACGCACCCUCUAUUUCUUGACUGCUGAUAUGUUUCCUAGAACGGCUAGUUUAGCGUACUUUUCGCUGUGCGACACGAAUCUGCGCAUUUCCGUUUUUGGUUUCCUCAGAUGAAAGCUGACGGCUACAGACGACACACAAAGCGUUUUAUCUUGUGUUACGUGGAAGAGGAACACGUUACCACGAUAUUUCGAGGAAUAAAAGAAUAAAAAAAAUAAAAAAGAAAUAAAAAAACAACCCCCGUCGCUCUGUGCGUUAUGUGACUGGGUGGGGAGAGAGAAAGGGGAGAGAGAGGGAGGGAGAGAAAGAGGCGGAGAGCGUGAAGAAGAGCGAAAGAGAAACAGAGAGAGAGAGAGAGAAAGAGAGAAAAAGAGUGAAUGGGAAAAAAAAAUCGAACUCGCAGAAGUCCGUAGAUAGAUAGACAAUUUUCGAAACAACGUUUUUGUGCGUAUAUUGACAAGAUCGUUGCUGCGACCUGACACGAUAUACAUAUACAUAUUUAUCCGAGCGUUUCUCUGCUGACUGACUUAUCCCUCUCUCUUGGAACCUUGUUCGUAUAUUCCUCGAUUUCCGAUUUCGAUUUUUAAACCUGUUCGAGUCGCGUUUGGUAAACAAAAAAAAAAAAUAAAAAAAAUGGCGGACAGAGGGAAACGCUCCGGCGAGUACACGAUUCGAUCGAUCGAAUCACUUGGUCAAGUCAGUUGUAAUUAUAAUCGAUCGAUCGGGAUCGCGGUGUUCGAUCGGUGUUUUUUCUAAGUGGAACGUCGCAGCCAAAGACAUAGGCUAAAGGAUCCUAAAUAGGAUGUUAUUUUUAUUCGCGCGUCACGGGAACACGUGAGAGCCAAAAGAGCUCGUUUAUUAUAAUUACAAUUAUUAUUAUAAUUAUUAUUAUUAUUAUUAAUACCGAUAUAACAUUUAUUUUCUUUUUUUUCUUUUUUUUUUUUCUUUUUUUUUUCUUCCCUUGUUGAUUUUGUAUUAUCUUAUUGUAUUGUAAUAAUAAUUAUCACUAUCGUUAUUCGAUUAUUAUAAAGAACCGAGUAAUAUUAUUGUAAUACGCGGCCCGUUAUAAUUUUCUAUAAUUGCAAUAAUCCACUCUGUUGUAUACAAUCGUCUUUGAGCCGAUCAUUUCGUUUACUUCGAGUUUUUAUCGAGGAGAGACGCGACUUGGAGAAAUCGUGCGGCCAACAUUAUAUCUGUUCCAGAAUUUAGAAAAAAAAAAGAUAGAUUUACUCGCAGAAUACUUCAUAAGAGAUAUCAAUUUUAUGAUCCGUGUUACAAGCCAGUUUUAAUCAAUUAAACAAAGAUCUCCAAGCGAUUUUUUCGAGUCGCGAUUUAAUGAAAUGUGAACAUAACCCCAUACGAUAUAUAUGUAUAUAUAUAUAUGUAUACAUAUAUACAUAUAUACGCGCACGUAAAGCAUAAAAUAUUACGAUUAAGUAUAUAAUCAUGUAAUUACACGUGCACACGUUCGGAUGAGCAGUUUACACGUAAUCUGUUAAUAUUCUUCCUGCGUGCAGAACAAGGAUAUAAACAGCCACGAGCUUCGAUGAAGUUUUGCUAACCAUCGUACAGUAACACCAUAAUAAGAGUAUCAUAUAUUUUUCCUUUUUUAUUCGACAUUCAUCGUUAUACUCACGUUAUACGUCAUUUUCGAUACCAAAUUAUUAAAAUCGGCCAACUUAUUUAGCUGGUUCUAUGCUUUAAAUCUCGCUGAAAUAAGAUCGAAUACUUGAUCGAUAUCCAAUUCUCGUACGUUUUAAAGAAAAGAAAAAAGAAAAAAAUAUUUAGCAUUUUGCAAAUUUUUACAAUCGUAUUUUUUUCUUUCCAUAAUAACGAAAGGCUAAUCUUAACGAGUAUCUAAGAUACGUUUCAUUUUAACGAAUAUACUUUUUCCAUGACCGAAUCGAAUCGAUUACGGAGCGAGUAUUCCAUUUACAAUAUCGAUAAAUUUUCAAUAUUAUUGAAAAUCGACCGAGAUGUCGAUUCAUCAAUACGAUUGUAUCCCCCACUAUUACUCGUGACGUUCUUCGUUUAUCUUAUUAUUAUGUCGUCGUUCCAGUUUUAUUCCACAAACGAUCGGUAUCCCGUUUGUGCAACUCGUGAAAUAACGGCCACUAUGCCCUGUUCGUUCCUCCUACUCGCUCUUCGGUCUGAUUCACUGUGAUAACGAGUGUGCUCGAAUCGGUCAAGCAAAGAAAUUGUUAUAGAUGCUUCUACUAGAUGCUCGUUUUCUUCGAAUGGUGAUAAUCAAGAUAACGCGAUAAUUAUCUUCGAGAUGUCGAAUGUUCGAGAUGUUUUUUUCUAAUGGUCGUGGCCGAUAAACGAGAAAAUAUAUAUAUAAAUAUAUAUAUAUAUAUAUAUUUCGUUAGAUUCGAGAAGCACGUAUGUACGUAUUUAUUGCUUGUUUUUCAAUUUGCAUAUCGUGUUGAUCUACGAGAUCUAAAAAUUGUUUUAAUGCUGUAUCGUAUCACCAAUUUUCUCGGACUUGCAAAUAUCUUCCCUUCUUUCGCUUCUAUCAGCUGAAUCGAUCGAUCAUUACGCUGUAAUAAUAACUGUAUUAACUUCGUGAAUUGUCUCACUAUAUACCUUCCUUAAUUAGUUAAUUUCCUUCGCGAUGCAAAAUACGAACAGGUCACGUAAACGUAUACCUCGAACACAACCGAAUAAAAUACGAGCACAAUAAUUUCAUUCAUUUCUUCCGUAAGGUAAAAUGAAAAAAUGAAAAAAAAAAAGAUGAAAAAAAAAAAAGAUUUAAACGAACGAAAAAAUACAAGAAGUCUGAGAAACAAUUUUUUGUCGAUUUUUUUCGACAAGAUCGAAACGUUUUAAAACAAAACAAAACAAAUAAUAAUAAUAAUAAUAAUAGUAAUAAAGGAACUGCAUCGUGAUCGUUGUGUGCAUGUGUGAGAAGCGAACAAAAAGAAAUGAGUUCACGAGAAUUUCAAGACACUCGCUUUUAUCCCGUUCGUCGUUGUCCUUACUUUUGUGAUAUGUAUUUUCGUUGUCGCGUGAAACAACCGAGGAACACCGAGUGUUUUCUGUGUACACGGCAUGUUAUGAAUUACAGGGAGAGUCUUAGAGUCUCGUCGUUCACAUUGUCGAAUUAGAGAACCAUAAAAAAAAAAAAAAAUAAUUGCGAUUUUGUUUAAAAAAAAAAAAUGAAAAACGCAAAUAGACAAAAAGGGAACGGAGCAAAGGUUUUUAAAAAUAUUUUUUACGACGCCUCGCGAGAAAAUACAAGCAAAAAAAAAAAAAAGGCGGAUUUGAUGAAUAGCAUGAAAGAACGAACGGAAGCUCGGCGGUAUGGUACAGCUUGCAAUGAGAAAACUUGCAAUAUAACAAGCAAUAAAUAAGCCACUUUUAAUUCCAUGUAUAUCAAACAAUUAUGUGGAUGCUUAAUGAGAUUUAUUGAAUUAAACGAGCAAAAAGAAAAAAAAAUGAAAAAAAAAAAUAAAUAAAUAAAUAAAUAAUAAUAAUAAAGCCAAGAACUAAGACGAAAUACCGAUUUUACAUAUUCUUACUAAUCGUAAACGAUUACAAUACGUAUAGCGACAUACUAAAAAUUAUACGAUUAUGUAUCGAUUUAAAAAGAGCAGAUUAAAAGAAAAUGGUAAAUAAAAUAAUUAUUAUAAACUAAAAAGCAAAAAAAAGCAGUACGGGCUGCAGGCGUGCAUCGCCGCGCAGACGUGUAAUGUCUAAUCUAUAUAAGUACGUAAAAGUUUCAAUUUUACACUACGAUAAUAAUGACAUAACGGUAAGGUUCUAUAUAAGAUAUAAUGAUGAUUUAUAAUAAUUAUAACGUUGUACAGAAUAUUUAUGAAAGGUGCGCUGCUGGCGAAAGAGCCGCGCGUUUCUUUGUGUGUUCGUUGAUCGCGAACGCGAGAAAAAAAAUUAAAAAUUAAAAUAAAAAAAACGAGAAGAAGAAAUAAGGAUAAAUGAAAAAGAAAAGUGAAAAAAAGAUAAAAAUAGGAGCAAACAAAUGUGGGACGUUUGCUUUUUACGUAAUCAAUAAAAUUUGUUCGAAUUAUUCAUGAUUUGAAAUCGUCGAUAGAUUUUUCACGAUAUGAACGAACAACGCGCGACUCUCUAUCCAAAAGCGGCCAGACUAUAAUGGAUGUUUUGUAAGAUAAAGCAAAACGAUCACGGAUUAUAUUGAGAUCGCGUUCAGAGAAAUGUAUAGUCGAUUGCGUAUUCGGGAUAGCUCGAAUUUACUCGACGACGCUUUUCUCGUUGAAGGAAUAAAUAAAAAGUAAGAAAAGAUGAUAAAAUAAAAAAAAAAGUGAAAGGGAAAGAGAAGAAAAAAAUACGAAAAUCGCGGCUCUUUUCUUCCGCGAAUAUAUUCGAGCGUAGGAGCGAGAUGUGCCGUCGAAGGGCGAAAUUGCGGUCCUUAAAAAUUUAAACCUAAAAGAGUAACAAAAAGAUGCAAAAAAAUUUAAAAAUUAAAAAAACAAAAGCGAGACAAAAUAGUGAACAAAAGAUAGAAAGUGAGAGAAUUUAUCCGCCGCAGAUAUGCGGCAUAAGAAAGGGCCGAUAAUCUAAUUCAUUGUGUAUGUAUACAGACAAAAAAUAAAUAUAAUAUUGCGAUUAUAAAUAUUAAACUAAUAAAGAAUAACAAUAUUGUACCCCUCUGUACAUAUAAAUAUAUAUUAUAAUACGAUGAUUAUUACUAUAUGAUUUAUUAUAAAUAUAUAUACAUAAAUAUAAAUAUAUCUCAUGAAUUCACAUUAUUAUGUUUAUUAUUGUUUACUUAUUAUUAUUAAAAUUAUUAUCAUUGCGAUGAUAACGAGGAUGAUGAUGAUGAUGAUUAUUAUUAUUAUUAUAAUAAUAUUAUUAAUAUUUAAGAAAAGGUUCACAACGUGCCGUGUGUAUGUGGGAAUAAAAUAUAUAAUAUAAUGGACAUUGUUCAAUUCAAUCUAA